AUGUCUGAAAUCAAGUCAGACGAUGAUUCCGUACUUCACUCGACUGAUAUUAUGUCGCCCAAUGAAGGGCCCCACUACACAAACAACGCAGUAAAGGAAGAGGGUCGCAUCAAGAAAAAGAGAAAUAGACCAAGCUUGGUUUGUUUCCCGUGUCGAAAGAAAAAGAUCAAAUGUGAUAAGGGCAAACCGUGUCAGAUGUGUGUCAAGAAUCAGAUUGCUGACCAGUGUGAGUACGACGAAAGACUAUUGGCCAAGCAGGAAGGAAAAAGGAACAAAAAGAAUGGUGAUUCCAGAGCUUCUAAAAGACGCAAAGUACUAGCUUCUUCUGAAGAGCCUGUCCGAGAGGCAUCAGUGACCUCACCAGAAGUUGUGUCUAAUGAGAAGGUGGCGAGAAACAAUGGCACGUAUCUGCCAAACUCGUCAAGCGAUGUUUGUGUCAUUAUGAAGAAAUCCGAGUUGGAAGAGCUUCAAUCAAGAUUAAAGCAAUACGAAUCGCUGAUGAGCCCGCCAGCUAAUUCUCGAAAAAAGACAAAAGCUGGAUUGUCCUCGAAGUUGAAAAAUGAAGACAAAGAUAAAAACAUUGUUUACAAUAGAUCUAUCAACAGUUUCCAAGGUAUAAUAUUCACCACACACGAAGAAUCGCGGCCUGGCUAUGUACCUCUCACAGACGUGCUGACGGGUGAAAUUGAGUUGUAUGACAGUGAGCAAUCGAUGACAAAGGAGAUCCAUCUCGACGAUAUCUGCAAACGUGACAAGUUUUUGGCUGGCAUUAACCCUUACGACAACCCUAAUGAUGUUAUUCCAUUGUAUUCGCAAAUAUAUUCCAGCAAUGAUGGCUCAAAGACUAGGAAUUUGUACCCGUUGUCAUGGUCAUACUCCGUUCGCAAUAGUGCAUCCUUAAAGGCGCUUAGAACUUUUGCAGCAAAACAAAAGCACAAGGACAAAGGCGUCAAAGCUGGUAUUACUUAUGAUCCGCUAAAGAGGUUGAUUGAACCGGUGGAUGAAAGGAUAAAGAGCACUUUGAAAUUUGAUGAGAGCUCGGUUUCUCGAUUCGAAGCUCGAACGAAGGACACAGAAGAUGACAAAUUGGCAAGGGAAAGAACAAAGAGUAUAUCGAUUACACCAAACCCAGUUAAUUUGUCAACAUUGGCGUUGGAGUUGAGUGUUUUGGGAGGUCCAAGAGACCACGAGUUGACUUUGAUUGAGCAGAUUCAAUCCGUAAUGCCAACAAGGAGGGUCAUAUGGUUGCACGUUAGCCGAUUCAUGUACCUCCUAUACCCAUUUUUUCCGUACUUGAUUGAGGAUGAGUUUAGAAGGUUGAUCGAAAAGAUUAUCGGCAAAGAGUCUUACGACGAUAUAAAACCAGCUGUCAAAAUAGCACAUCGUGGCGACUUUGCUCAAAUUGGAAUCUUGUGUGUAAUCCUUCGACUAUCGUACUUGUCAUUGUUUCAUAAUCGCGGAUUCCAUAACGAAAAAAUACUUGCUAAAACUGACCUAUCUCCCAGUGAAGCAGAGAAAAAAUAUCUCUUGUUGAAUCAGAUUGAAAUUGGGGCUGCCGAAGUGGCCCAGGCAUGUUUCCGACAUUUGGAGAGAUUGGGAAGAGUAAGCAUUCCAAUGUUGCAAUGUGGUGUCUUUUUGCGUAUAUAUAAAAUUUAUGCACCAGAAGAAGGUGAUGGUUUGGAAGGAGGCAAUGGCCAGAUCCAAAACAGUAUCUUGGUUUCCAUGUCUUAUAUGCUAGGCUUGAACAGAGAGCCCGACAAGACGCCUGAUUUCAAAGAUGAUAAGAUGAAAAACUUGUACAGAAAAAUUUGGUACUUUACUGUACUGACCGAAUAUAAUUCGGCAAUCUUGUAUGGAACGCCGGUGCUGAUUAGAAGGGAGAGCUAUGAUACAAAGAAACCAUUUUUCACGUGGCAGAACUCGAACCUGAGGAAUAAAGAGACUGAUCAGACGACAAUAUUUGCCUUUAUGUCCACCAUCAUUGGUGGUCCAAUUCAACAUGUGCUUUCGAUGUAUUCUAACGUUAAUGGAAAUAUGAAAGUCGAGGAACUAACAACACAUCUCAAUUUUAUCGAACAAGGCGCAAGGAAGCUUCUCGGUAAGCUAGAUGACUAUUUGUAUUCUCUAGAGGAGCUGGACUCGAGAUACCAUACAAACAAGAUUUCGAAAGCUGCCAGCUUGUUGAAGUUGUACUCCUUUUUGAUGUUGAAUUAUUGUUUCUUGUUUAAUUUUUAUGAAAAGUCCAACAAUACCUUGAGUUAUUAUUACUUGAAAAAGAUGUUGACUUUAGCAAUGGGCGAAAUAAUAGUGUCUGGCUUUGCUUUGAUAACCAAGAGCCAAGAAAUAUUUGGGGAAGGUGCUGAUCUAUUCAUCAACCCUAUUAUCAUUCAAGUAUUAACGAGAGUAAGUGAUAUCUGUAUAGUUGGGAUUAUCCGUACCAACUUUUCGCUAUAUAAAGCACGCACGGGCAAGGACAAAAGAUCAGGCAUUGAGUACAAACAAUUCACGGCGACGCUUAAUCGAUUCAUCACUCUUAUGGAAAAAUGUUGUCGUAUUUGCUUGACAGGAAUAUCGAUUUUGAGUAAGAGAUAUUUUUUUGCUUGGGAAGUUGUAAGAAGCCAAAAUUAUUAUCUAAAACUAGUUACUAGUUCGGCUUUUUACAAGGAGAUAAAUAUUGAUGGCUUGGACUUUGCCCAGCCAACUGCAGAGUGGAUGCUGGAGGUUGUUGAUUUUGUUGAAGACAGCUUGGAAAAGUUUGAGCAAAGCGCGGAAAAGUACUGUAAAGAAGUUGGUAUUGAAUCAUUGUUUAAAAAGACUGAACCAAAAGAGCAACAAAAACCGUGCAACAACGAGUCAUCCUCGAAUGUCCUAUCGGAUCUCAAUUUGACCAACAGGGGCCACGAGACGGUAAUGAAUACUCCGGCAAGCGUUGAUUCAACUGGAUUAUACUUUACCGGCUUUGAGGAUCUACGCUUUGACAAUAGCGAGGAGAUUGAUUCCGUCUGGUUGCAAAUGUUGUCUCUGAAGACAAAUAAUCAAAACACGGGUAUUUUACAGUAUGACAGUUUAUUUCAGCAACAGCCAAGUAUUGUUAAUAAUAACUGCAUGGAGGGGUUGGGUUAUGACAAUACGGCGUACGGCAGGGCUGGUGUUGCACAAACGCAGUAUGCCAAUCCAUAUUAUACAAACGCUCAAGCUCCACAAUUGACCCCAAAUAUGCAGGGGCAACCAGCAACGGCGACUACUCAAGAUCAACCAGCGACUGCCACUUUUGAAGGCCAACCAGCAGCUGUCAACCCACAAGGCCAACCGUUUACAGAUAAUAUACAAUAUCAAUCUCAAGGCAAUACAUCUCAGAAUCCACCUCCGCAGCCUAAUUUAUUCAACUAUUCCGAAAUGUUUGAUGAUUUACCAUUAGAUAAACUAUUUAAUCAGUAA